AUGCCGGGCGCCCCAGCCCGCGAGCCCGAAGAUCCGUCGCAGCUAGUGGGGCCGUGCGGGCCUCGCGCCCUCCCCGCGGCCUGCGCCGCGCGGUUCCCGCUGCCGCCGGGACAGAGAGCGGGCGGGCGGGCAUGGCCCCGUCGGCCGCCCCGCUCCGCCUCCUUCUGGCCGCGCCGCACAAAGAACCUGGGCCCGGGUGGCCUUUAA